AUAACUAUAGCAGCCAAAUCAAAGUUCAAGUACUAACUGAAGCAAAACGUUUAUGGCUGAAGUAUGCGAGUGACAGCUGCUCCACCAUCCACCUUGCAAAGCUCUUGCGAAUGACUGUAUCAGAUGCAUAUCCAAUUAGACAAAAAGUACUAGCAUCUGAUCUGGUUUGAUCUCACCACACAUCAAUGAGUAGUUUGUAGAAUGCAUAAGCAUGAGGCAGAAUGCUCGUGGGGCACCGCCAGCGAGCAGGGGGCAGCAGCAGGAGCCCUCAGCCCCGCCGACGCGUGGCGAGGAAGCAAGCGUUCGGGAGCUAGUGGAGAGCUGCCUUGCCAACGAUGACUUUACGCCGGUGCUCCGCCUCCUCUUCAGCAGCAGCUCCUCAGCACACGCCCCAACCCCAGGCGCAACAUCAUCCUCGCCGCCCCCUUCCUCAACUGCACCGCCUCAGCCCAAUGCCGCCACCGGCCCGCCGGGGCCCUCCCAAGCCCCCUCCACCUCCACCUCCCUGGACGUAACCACCAAGCAGCAGCCCUCCUCCUCCUCCUCACAGCCCUCCCUGGAGCAGCUGGAACUCCUGCAAUCCGUACUGCGAUCUGUGGCUUCGGAGCAGGACGCUGUCGUACAGGAGAUCUGCUCGUCGCACGCCAUGGAGAUCGCGACCUGCGUGGCGGAGCUAGAUCGCAUGGUGGGCUGUGUGGAGGAGCUGAGAGGAGCGGUGGCGGCGGCGGGGG